AUGAGUGUUAUGGGGUCCUUGUUGGUAUUCGUGUCAGGGCCACUUCAGCGAGAUGCCGAGGACAUGGCCUUCGUCGUGCCGUUUCAAGUGCCACAGGACCAGGACGUCUACGUCGUGGCUUCCACCGUUUUCGGGGCCGGAAGGAUCGCGAUCUCGCAGACGCCCAUUGAUGAAUCCCCGGAGUUUCACAAGAGGAAGCGCCAGGAGAAGGACGCGGCUGAUGACACCGCGGUUCCCGCAACAGCAGAAGCUCUGCCUCCGGGCUAA